AUGGCAGAGAACGCAGAGGGUCAGGCUGACUCCCAGGUCACCUUCAAGGUCAAGACCUCGGGCGACAGCAACCACACCAUCACCAUGGCCGAGGCCGCCACCGUGCUGGACCUCAAGACGAAGCUGGCUGGCCCCGACUUCGAGAACAUCCCCGUCGAGCGCCAGCGCCUCAUCUAUUCGGGCCGUGUCAUGAAGAACGACGAGCCCUUGAGCACAUACAAGAUCAAGUCGGGCAACACCGUCCACCUGGUCAAGAGCGCCGCCAGCAAUCCCACCCCGGCGCCGCCCGCCUCCUCCGCCACGCCCGCGGCCCCCCAGGUCCCGACCAACAUGGCCGCUGGCACCGCCAACAACCCGCUGGCCGGCCUGACCGGUGCGCGCUAUGCCGGCCUCACGAAUCUGCCAUCAGCCGACAUGUUUGGCCCCGACGGAGGCAUGGUCGGCUCCAUGAUGGACGAGGAGGCCAUGGCCCGCAUGCUGGAGAACCCCAACGUCGCCCAGCAGAUGAACGAGAUGUUGAACAACGACCAGUUCAUCGACAUGAUGAUCCAGCAGAGCCCCGUCCUCCGCAACCAACCGAACGCCCGCGAGCUCCUCCGCUCGCCCAUGGUCCGCCACAUGAUGACGAACCCCGAGGCGAUCCGCAGUGCUCGCCGCUUUCAACGGAUGAUGCAGGGUGGCUCCGGCGGCCAGAACGCCUUCCCGGCUCCCGGCGUCACCGACACCACACCUGCCGACGCGAGCGCUGCCGGCAAUGCUGGUGCUGGAGCCGGUGCCGGUGCUGGUCAACCUAACCUCUUCGACCCGUCCCUCUGGGCCGGUCUCCAGAUGCCCGGCGCCGGUGGUAGCGGCGGCGCAGCCGCUAACCCCUUCGCCUCCAUGUUCAACCCCUUGGGCAUGGGUGCUCAACCUGCCGCCGGCGCACAGCCUGGAGCGGGUGCCCAGACUGACAACGCAAGCGGCACCACCACGCAAGGCGCAGCCGCGGCAGGCCAAGGCGACAGCGCCUCCAACCCCGCCAACCCCGCUGCGAACCCCUUCGCCUCUCUCUUCGGUGCUCCGCCUCCGGCCGGUGGCGCCGGCGCCGGCGCCAACCCCUUUGGCAUGCCGCCGAUGUCACCCGAGGCACUUCAACAGAUGAUGCAGAUGAUGGGCAUGGGCUCGCCGCCUUCGGGUUCUCCGGCCCCCGCCGACAACCGACCCCCGGAGGAGCGGUACGCAGAGCAACUGAGGCAGCUGAACGACAUGGGUUUCUACGACUUUGACAGAAACGUCGCUGCAUUGCGACGAAGUGGCGGCAGUGUGCAGGGUGCCAUCGAGCAUCUGCUCAGCUCGUAG